AUGGAAACGGCCCAGAAGCUCUACAAAAAAGUUGACGGCCAGCCACCAGUUCAGCCACCAAUCGACGAAAACUUCCGCUUGGCCACGCUGGACCCAGAGACGGACUGCUUUGCCGGAUACGGAUGCGACAAUCACUACAAGAUACUGGGCGUCGUCGUUAUUGCCCUGCUGGUGUGCCUCGUCUACACCGUGCUCUACGCACUCAGGCGCCGAUGCUGCUCUCCUUCCGGGAUAUUCCUUGUCCAGCCGGCUGAUGGUGACCAGCAAAAACUUCUCGACAAUGAGAGACUCCCCGUAUCUGUCGAAGAAGAUGAGGAUGGCGCCAAAAAUGUUGUUCGCGUCAUCGAGACGACCGAGAUUGAUGAGAUCGGGCUCUGCAACCCUUCACAUACCGAUGAAGCCGAUGCGGGCAACAAGCUAUUCAUCUCCCAUGGCGUCGAGACUGAAACGUUAGUUAGCGCGCAGACAUUUUAUCAACUUGUCUACUGGCCGGUCGUACAGAAGCGGAUGGGCGACGUCGAAUGCAGCACGUCCGGGAACGUCAGAUUGCGCAAGGGUUACAUCUUCGGAAAGCGAUGGAUUGUUGGAGUGAAGCUCGGUGAAGGCGGCUGCGGUACCGUUUACAAAGUCAGCGAUAAGAAGACUGGUGACAAGUUUGCUUUGAAGACCGAGUCAAACAAUAUCGAAGGAGGAAGUGUUCUGAAGCUAGAGGCGCAGGUGCUACGCAAGCUGGAGGGCAAGCUGCAAUUUCCGCAAAUCCGUUGGGCGGGCAAGCGCACCAAGUUUUCGUACGUCGUCAUGACGCUGCUCGGUGACAGCCUCCAUUACCUGCUCAGGCUGCAUGGCUCGCGGGUCAACACGGUCUCCACCCAGAUUCGCGUGGGCAUCCAGCUGCUUCAUGCCUUGAAGAUGAUGCAUGAUGCCGGUAUCGUUCACCGUGAUGUCAAACCCGCCAACCUCGCGAUGGGGCAUCAAGACGGACCCCAGGCCCACAUUCUGCACAUCCUCGAUUUUGGCCUUGCUCGAGAGUUCUUGUGGAAGUCCGACGGUGUCUGGAUGUAUCGGCGAAAGCGUGACGACUGUCUCUUCCGCGGCACCUCCCGCUACUGCUCCAUUAAUACGCACAAGAAAGGCGAGCAGGGCCGCGCUGAUGAUUUGUGGUCGAUGAUCUACUUGAUGGCCGAAAUGCGAUGCUCGCUUCCAUGGGCUCGGAUGCAGGAAAAGAAAGAUGUGGAAAUCUGCAAGGAGAAUACCAGCGACGACGAUCUUUUCCAAGGCUCCUCUCCAAAGCUGAAAAAAGUCACGGCCCAUCUGCGAACCCUCGGCUAUUACGACCGCCCGGACUACCUUUACAUUUAUCGCAUUUUCAACCAGAUUCGAAUUGAUGAGAAAAUCAAUUACGAUGAUCUAUACGACUGGGAAGAGGCGGUCAAAGGCGAACCGGCGCAGCACAAGGACUCUGAAAAGGUGGAGCGCGAGAUGCAUGCCGCCACAAAAGACCAACCGCCAUCCAGACAGGUUGGGGAGGCAUCUUCGACCAGUGUCUCGGAAAACUCGACCGAGGCUUCGAAGACGGCGAGCAAUGAGAAGCUGACAAAAGAGGAUGAGUUGAACCUCUCGGACACGCAGGACGACCCGGAGAUGUGGGGCGAAUUCCCGGUCGAGGACUAUGCCCGCGAUCCACUGGCUCGC